AUGACGUUGGAAGCAUCAUCUAUUACUCUCAUCCAUCAGUCAAAUUAUGAUUAUCAUCGUCCAUGGUCACAGUCCCCGAAUCAGAGACGCCCUCCCACCCCCGCCCCUCCCACCUUCACCAACCCCAGCCCCGAAUUCACCCCCAGCCCCUCAGCCCCGAAAUUCAGCCCACGCCCUCCCACCCCCAGCCCGAAUUCAGACCCCCCUCCAGCCCCGAAUUCAGCCCACGCCCUCCACCAACCCCCAGCCCCGACUUCAGCCCAGGCUCCUCCCACCAGCUCCCUCCCCCUGGAUGAAUUACAAGAACCCAGGCGAAGGGAACCGAAGGCGGGCAGCGGCGGGCAACCCACACCCCUGGACUCGAGCCGCACACGCUAUAGCACAACACAUCAAAACGCAAGAGGCCCCGCGAUCUCCAUUAGGCGGGGCCAGAGGUAUUGUCACCAUAAAACCUACCGCCCUCAUACCACACAUACCUUAACGCUUCUGCCACUCGCAUGUCACAAUUCUAUCACUUUUCUAUUUUCUGUCAACAUCUACCACAUCAACCACCAACUACCACACUCCUACGAACACCACCACCACACUCCACCCACCCAGCUACCACUCCAACCACCCAACUAUCACACUUGA